CAAGCCGAUAGACGCGCGCUCUACAACCUCGCGUCGCCGCCCUUUCAUAGAAUUUAUUGCUGAGAAAAAAAGAUUAUAAAUCAAAGAAGAUCUUGGUCUUAUAUCACAAGACACAGGUGUCCCCGUGCGGACCGCCGAGGGUUCCAGAUCAUAAUCAUGAAAGAUCGCACGCAUGAACUAAGACAGGGGAAGGAGGAGGAGGAGGCUGUGGUGGGGUUGGACAAGGCCUUCAUGGAACAAUUCUUUGAACAGGUGGAGGAGAUCCGGGUGUGUAUCGACUGCCUGGCUGAGAAGGUGGAGGAGGUGAAGAGCAAACACAGCGCUAUCCUGGCCUCACCCAACCCUGAUGAGGACGAGGUAGAGCUGGAGGACCUGAUAGCGGAUAUAAAGAAGUUUGCCAAUAAAGUCCGCUCCAAGUUAAAGAGUAUCCAGCAGAGCAUCGAGCAGGAAGAGGGUCAGAGCCAAUCUGCUGCACACCUGAGGAUACGCAAGACACAGCACUCUACGCUGUCUCGGAAGUUUGUGGAGGUGAUGUCAGAGUACAACGUCACGCAGUGUGACUACCGGGAGCGCUGCAAGGGACGCAUCCAGAGACAGCUGGAGAUCACCGGUAGGAACACCACCAAUGAGGAGUUAGAGAGCAUGCUGGAGAGCACCAACCCCGGGAUCUUCACCUCAGGAAUUGUGAUGGACUCCCUGGGAGAGCAGGCUCUGGGUGAGAUAGAGAUGAGGCACUCAGAGAUCCUCAAGCUGGAGAGCAGCAUCAGGGAGCUGCACGACAUGUUCCUGGACAUGGCCAUGCUGGUGGAGAACCAGGGGGUGCUGGUGGACAGCAUAGAGCACAGUGUUCUGGGGGCGCAGGACUAUGUGGAGCAGGCCAGGGAGAACACCAGCCAGGCCACCAAGAUACAGAAAGGCAGCAAGCGGAAGAUGAUCCUGAUCGUGGUGUGCAUCUUCAUCUCCCUGAUCCUCAUCAUCUCCCUGGCUGUGGGGCUCAGUUAGGCGCCCCUGACCCCUCCAGGCCUCCAGGGGGCUCCACCACAGGCGAGGCCCAGUCUGAGCGGAGUCCUGCCUGAUCUACCACUGAGCUACACAUCUCCUUAGUAGUGAAUGUUGACAAUACAGCAGAAGAUCAAGGAUCAAACGUGCAUGGUUCUAACAGAAUUUUGGUGGUCAGGAUCAAAGAACAGCCUGUGUUUACCAGACACCUCCAAAGAUGCCACAUAGACAUGCUCUGCUCGGCUCUGGCAGAGCUUGAAACUACUUACUAGUUGGGGUCAGAUGGCUGAGCGGUUAGGAAGUCGGGCUAUUAAUCAAAAGGUUGCCGGUUCGAUU